AUGAUUACUAACCUGCAUUUUGCAGCGAUUUUCUUUACGGUUAUCGGCAAUAUUAUUGUCGAGGCAGAGGGCACGAUAGGGAUCAAUUGGGGACGACAAAACGCGCAGAGGCUCGUCCCGUCGAUGGUGGUCGACGUGCUUCUGCAGAACCAAGUCCCGGCUGCAAGAGUCUACUCGACCCAAGAAGACGUGUUAGAGGCGUUUGCAUGGAGCGGGAUUAACCUCACGGUCACCAUUUUUGACAUCACAAAGGUUUCGAAUGAGAAUGACUCGCAAGCAUGGGUACAAAACAGAAUCCACUGGCUCGACGAUGCAAGCAUAAGACACGUUUACCUCGGGAACCACGCGUUCAUCAAAGGAAUAAACAACUCGACCAUCCAAACGAUGGCUGUGGAAGCCGUCAGGAACUUGCAGGCAGCCCUAGACGACGCGGGCCACGGGGACAUAAAAGUGACCCUACCGAGCCCCAUCCAAAUACUCAAGGGCAACAUCACCAAACCCUCCGAAGCCGAGCUCAAGGACUCCAUCCGAGACGAGUUCGGGAGAUUUCUCAAACUUCUCCAGGAAAGUGGGGCCCACCUCGCCAUCGAGCUUUUCCCCAUCGACAUCAUGUUGUGGCUUGGAAUCGACGACCCGAGCUUCGCAUAUGCUGAUGGCCGCUCGACUCACGUCGUGACCGACGUGCACGGAGCCGUGUACACGAACGUGUUUGAGUUCGCGCACGAUGCCUUCGCGUGGGCCAUCGAGAAGGCGGGAGCACCCGAUGUGGAGAUUGUCGUGAGCCACAUCGGGUGGCCUACGGAUGGCUACUCGAGUGCCAGCGUGGCCAAUGCCGAGCGGUUCUACAAGACUUUGCUCCCGCUCGUCACUAGCGGCCGAGGGACCCCCAAACGGCCCGGUAAGCCUAUCAAGAUCUUCGUGCACGCCCUCACAGACGAAAACAAGAAUCCGGACACAAUCCCAUACGGCCGGCAUUGGGGUAUCUAUAGGUCAAACGGCGAGCCCAAGUACCGGAUAGACCUGACGGGGCAAGGAAGGGAUAUUUUCCCAGUCAAUGCUCGGGGGAUUAUGCGGAUGCCCCAACGGUGGUGCAUGUUGGACCACGAGAAGGCGGCUGGGGACAGGACAAAAGUGCAGGUUCAGUAUGAGAAGGCGUGUGGGCCCAAGGGUGGGGACUGCACGAGCCUGGCGCCUGGGGGCUCGUGCAGUAGCCUUGAUGAUAUGGAGAAGGUUUCAUAUGCGUUCAAUAUGAAUUUCCAGUCUCACUUUCAAGAUGAGGGGCAGUGCUGGUAUGAGGGGCUCGGGAAGGUAGUCACGGAGGACCCAUCGAGAGGGACCUGCGUGUUCCCGGUGGAAGUUGUGAAGGGUCAACAGGACAAUUUCAAGAACUAA